AUGCAAGGUGCAACGUAUGGGAUGGAUGGUUCGAAAUGGUAUGCUAGCUACUGGCACACAUGGGCAACAACAACACACAAGCAUGUUGGUGCGAUAGCAUGCAAAGCCAAGCGUAUAUGCACAGGCUCGAUGCCUUCAUGUGGCGUAACCCGUGGGCGCAAUGACACAGGGAUUGUGGGAACUUGGAUGGGAUGCCUCAGACAAAGGAGACAAAGGGAUGAGCACAAUCUCGACAGUAAGGGCCUUGACACCUAUCCGCAUAAGAAAAGGGUGGAUGCCAGUGAGAGCUACACAUUAGACAGUAUAAGACACUUUUUAAUCAGGCAAGAGGAUAGCAUCAUAUUUAGCCUCUUGGAGAGGGCUCAAUAUUGUUACAAUGCAGACACAUAUGACCAUCAUGCCUUCUCCAAAGAUGGGUUUCAUGGCUCUUUGGUUGAGUUCAUGGUCAAAGAAACUGAAAAACUUCAUGCCCAGAUGGGUAGAUACGAUAGUCCAAAUGAGCAUCCUUUCUUCCCGGCUCAAUUACCUAAGCCGAUGCUUCCUCCUUUGAAAUAUCCUCAGGUCCUGCAUCCUUGUGCUGAUUCAGUCAAUCUAAACAAUAAGGUUUGGAAUAUAUAUUUCAAAAAUCUCCUUCCAAGGUUGGUUAAAGCCGGUGAUGAUGGUAAUCAUGGAUCAGCUGCUGUGUGCGACACAAACUGCUUGCAAGCUCUCUCAAAGAGGAUCCAUUACGGAAAAUUUGUAGCAGAGACUAAAUUUCUAGAAUCCUCGGAUGUGUAUGAGGCUGCCAUUAGAGAGCAAGAUAGGGAUAAGCUCAUGGCAUUGCUGACCUAUGAGGCAGUGGAAGCAGCAAUCAAGAAGAGAGUAGAAGCGAAGGCCAAAGCAUUUGGGCAGGAGGUGAGAAACAUGGGAGAGGGAGAUGAUGGGGAUGAUCCAGCAUAUAAGAUCAAGCCAAGGUUAGUUGCCAAUCUGUACGGAGACUGGAUCAUGCCACUUACCAAGGAAGUUCAGGUUGAAUACCUGUUGAGAAGGUUGGAUUAA